AUGGCGGGAAACGAUUGGAUAAACAGUUAUCUGAAUGCGAUCCUGGACGUGAAGGAUCCAGCUGGCGGAACGGCCGGCGACUCCAAGCCAUCUCUGAUGUUGAGGGAGCGGGGCCGCUUUUGCCCCGCCCGCUACUUCGUUGAGGAAGUUAUCAGCGGUUUCGAUGAGACCGACCUUCAUCGCUCCUGGGCUAGCGCUUCCUCGAUUAAAGAUUCCCAAGAAAGGAAUACUAGAUUAGAGAACAUGUCCUGGAGGAUUUGGAAUUUGGCUCGCAAGAAGAGAAAGAUUGAGAGCAAAGAAGCCCAGCGUCUGAACAAAACGCAUGUUGAACGUCAAAAAGCCCGAUGGGAGGCUACAGCUGACAUGUCAGAAGAAUUAUCUGAAGGAGAAAAAGCAGACAUGAAGAGUGAUCUUUCAGCUCAUGGUGGUAGCACAAGAGGAAGAAUGUCAAGGGUCAGCUCUGUGGAUAUGAUGGCGAAUUUGGCUAAUCAAUACAAGGAAAAGAAACUUUACAUCGUACUAAUCAGCCUCCAUGGCUUGAUACGAGGAGAAAAUAUGGAGCUUGGUCGGGAUUCUGAUACUGGGGGCCAGGUUAAGUAUGUUGUGGAACUUGCUAGAGCAUUAGGUGCAAUGCCUGGAGUCUAUCGUGUUGAUUUGCUGACUAGGCAGGUUUCAGCGCCAGAUGUAGACUGGACUUAUGGUGAGCCAACGGAGAUGCUGAAUCCACCAAGCUCUGAAUCUGAUAACUCCACAGAUGAAGGUGGGGAGAGCUCUGGUGCAUAUAUUAUACGCAUACCAUUUGGCCCCAAAGAUAAAUACAUUCCGAAAGAACAUCUCUGGCCUUAUGUUUCAGAAUUUGUUGAUGGUGCACUUAGCCAUGUUAUACAGAUGUCUAAGGUUCUUGGUGAGCAAAUUGGUAGUGGGCAGCCAAUCUGGCCUGUUGCCAUUCAUGGGCACUAUGCAGAUGCUGGUGAUGCUGCUGCUCUAUUGUCUGGAGCUUUGAAUGUACCAAUGCUUCUAACUGGCCACUCACUCGGCCGAGACAAACUUGAACAAAUAUUGAAGCAAGGACGGCAAUCGAGGGAGGAGAUUAAUUCCAUGUACAGAAUAAUGAGGCGGAUAGAGGCUGAAGAGAUUUCUCUUGAUGCAGCUGAAGUAAUUAUUACAAGCACAAGACAGGAGAUAGAAGAGCAGUGGCAGUUAUAUGAUGGAUUUGAUCCUAUAUUAGAGCGCAAACUUAGAGCAAGAACCAGACGCAGUGUAAGCUGUUUCGGAAGGUUUAUGCCGCGUAUGGUUGUUAUUCCUCCUGGAAUGGAAUUUCACAAGAUUUCUUCACAAAAUGGCGGGGACCAGGAAGGUGAUGGAGGAGAAAGUGAAGGACACUCUGGAACUCAACAUCCACCCAUUUGGUCUGAGAUAAUGCGCUUCUUUUCAAAUCCCCGCAAGCCUAUGAUACUAGCACUUGCCAGGCCAGACCCCAAAAAGAACUUAAUUAACUUAGUCAAAGCUUUUGGAGGGUGCCAGCAGCUGAGGGAGCUUGCAAACCUUACUUUGAUAAUGGGAAAUCGUGAUGCAAUUGACGAGAUGUCCAGCACAAAUUCAUCUGUUCUUCUUUCAAUAUUUAAAUUGAUUGACAAAUAUGAUCUGUAUGGUCAAGUUUCAUAUCCUAAGCACCACAAGCAGUCUGAAGUUGCUGACAUAUAUCGGCUGGCAGCAAAAACUAAGGGUGUCUUUAUAAAUCCAGCUUUUAUUGAACCAUUUGGUCUCACUUUAAUUGAGGCAGCAGCUCAUGGUUUGCCAAUGGUCGCCACAAAAAAUGGAGGUCCUGUUGACAUUCAUCGGGUUCUUGAUAAUGGUUUGCUAGUUGAUCCCCAUAACCAGCAAUCUAUAGCUGAUGCACUUCUGAAGCUUGUUUCAGAAAAGAAACUUUGGGCAAAAUGUAGGGAGAAUGGGUUAAAAAAUAUACAUCUAUACUCGUGGCCGGAGCACUGUAAGACAUAUCUUGCACGCAUUGCUAGUUGCAAACAGAGGCAUCCACAGUGGCUGAGAAAAGAUGAUGAACAUACAAAUUCAGACUCGGACUCCCCCGGAGAGUCUUUGAGAGAUAUUCAGGACAUAUCUUUGGGCUUAAAAAUGUCAUUGGAUGAUGAAAAAGUUGAGGAGACAGGAAGUUCUGAUAAAGAUCUAGAUUCGGUACGAGAGGCAGGUGAUGGGAAGAGCCAGGUAGAGAAUUCGGCUUUAGCAUUGUCAGGAAAGGGUUCAGCGGAGAAAGCGGAGCAGAGUGCAUUUCCUACACUGAAGAAGAAGAAUUUCAUUUGUGUUAUUUCUAUUGAUUGUGGCUCUUUGGAUGAUCUUGCUAGUUUCACCAAGACAAUAGUUGAGGCCGGCAGUAUGGAAAGAAGUUCAUGCUCCGUCGGGUUCAUACUGUCAACUGCAUUGACUAUAUCAGAGACCAACUGCCUUUUGAAGUUAGGGGGGUUUAGACCGAGAGAUUUUGAUGCAUUUAUAUGUAAUAGUGGUGGUGAGAUAUACUAUCCCUCUUCAUGUUCUGAGGAAAAGCCUUCUGACCAUCCUUUUAUAGUCGACUCAGAUUACCAUCUACAUAUCGACUACCGUUGGGGGGCGAAUGAUCUGAGGAAAACCUUGGUUCGUUGGGCGGCUUCUGUAAACCAGAAGAAGAAAUACGAGGAUGGACCAGCUAUGACAGAACAUGACUCAGGAUCCACGCAUUGCUAUGCAUUCAAAGUCAGAGAACCUGAAGUGCUGCCACCAGUCAAGGAAAUCAGGAAACUGAUGAGGAAUCAGGCUCUUCGGUGUCAUGCUAUUCAUUGUCAAAAUGGUAUGGGGUUGAAUGUGAUACCUGUUCUAGCCUCCAGAGCUCAAGCUCUUAGGUACUUGCAAGUUCGAUGGGGAAUCAAAUUGUCAAAUGUUGUCGUAUUUGUUGGAGAAUGCGGAGACACGGACUAUGAAGGACUGGUUGGUGGAGUGCACAAAACUGUUGUCCUGAAGGGAGUCUGCAGUGAUGCCCCUAAAAUAUACAGCAACAGGAGCUAUCCGCUUGACCAUGUUCUGCCGGUAGACACCCCAAAUAUUAUUCAGUCUCAAGGACCAAGUAAAGAUGAAAUUCUUGAAUCACUGAGAAAACUAGGCCUUCUCAACAGCUAAUCACGAAAAAAC